CCAUACUCAUUUUCUCAAGUUACUUUAAACUUACAUAUUUCAUAUCACAUAGAGAAAAGUAGGUAGGGAAUUAAAGAUGGCAAAUCUCAUUUUAGACUCAUCCUUUGUAAAAAUUCCAACUAUAAAGUUUAAAAAGCUUUUCAUCAAUGGAGAAUUCCUGGACUCAGUUUCAGGAAAAACGUUUGAGACCGUUGAUCCAAGAACAGAGGAAGUGAUCACAAAAAUAGCAGAAGCUACAAAAGAAGACGUUGAUAUUGCUGUUAAAGCUGCUCGUGAAGCAUUUGAUUUUGGUCCAUGGCCACGUAUGCCUGGUGCUGAAAGAGCAAAGAUUAUGAUGAAAUGGGCAGGACUAAUUGAAAAAAACAUAGAAGAACUAGCAGCAUUAGAUACAAUUGAUGGAGGAAAGCUAUAUAGUUGGUGUAAGACAGUUGAUGUACCUGAAUCAGCCAAUAUCCUACGUUACUAUGCUGGUGCUGCUGAUAAAAUUCAUGGAGAAGUGUUCAAAACAUCUAGGAAUCUUCAUUUGUAUACAUUGAUGGAACCUAUUGGUGUUGUUGGACACAUUAUACCUUGGAAUGUUCCUAGUGUUAUGUUCUUUGCUAAGGUUGCUCCUUCUUUGGCUGCUGGUUGUACUAUGGUUCUUAAACCUGCUGAACAAACACCUCUCUCUGCUUUGUUUUAUGCUCAUCUUGCUAAGGAGGCUGGUAUUCCAGAUGGAGUGAUCAAUGUACUACCAGGAUUUGGUUCAACUGCUGGAGCUGCAAUAUCUUCACAUAUGGACAUUGAUGCAGUAAGUUUUACAGGUUCAACCGAAACAGGCCGUCGAGUGAUGCAGGCUGCGGCAAUGAGCAAUUUGAAGCCGGUAUCGCUUGAAUUAGGAGGAAAAUCACCUGUCUUAGUUUUUGAUGAUGCUGAUGUUGAUAAAGCUGUUGAUCUUGCUCUAUUUGGUAUCCUACACAAUAAGGGAGAAAUAUGUGUUGCAUUUUCAAGAGUUUUUGUCCAAGAAGGAAUUUAUGAUGAAUUUGAGAAGAAAGUGGUGGAAAAGGCAAAAAAUUGGGUAGUUGGUGACCCUUUUCAUCCUAAAGUUCAACAAGGACCACAAACUAGUAAGGUACAAUUUGAUAAAAUUCUUUCCUAUAUUGAGCAUGGAAAGAAUGAAGGAGCUACACUAUUAACUGGGGGUAAGAAAAUAGGCAACAAAGGAUACUACAUUGAGCCUACUAUUUUUACCAAUGUUAAGGAUGACAUGCUAAUAGCACAAGAUGAAAUAUUUGGACCUGUGAUGGUACUUUCUAAGUUCAAGACAAUUGAGGAAGCAAUUAAGAAGGCAAACAAUACCAAAUAUGGCCUAGCAGCAGGGAUUGUGACAAAAGAUUUAGACAUUGCCAAUACUGUCUCAAGGUCAAUUCGUGCAGGCAUCAUUUGGAUCAAUUGUUACUUUGCCUUUGAUACUGAUUGCCCUUUUGGAGGGUAUAAGAUGAGUGGAUUUGGAAGAGAUUAUGGAUUGGAUGCACUUCACAAGUAUCUUCAAGUUAAAUCUGUUGCAACUCCUAUUUACAAUUCUCCAUGGCUUUGAAAAACUUUCAUCUAUAGCUACUUGUAGAAACUAUAGAGAUAUAUAAAUCAUCAGGAUCAACUAAUUUCUUUGGAAUCAUAAACAAUGUAAUUUUUAAGCUAAUAAUGAUCAAUAAACUUUUGAUGCUUCAGUUUUAGACACUUUA